CCACCUGAGGUCCGGUGUGUUCCCGAGCAGGACGCCUUCCCCACGCUCACAGCCUCCCUGAUAAAAAAGAAAAAAGCUAAUAUAUAUUUGUGCCCUGUCCUCCGUCCUCGUGGCUCCUCCCCGCGCUGAUUAAAUGCCCGCUCCGCUCUUCAGUCAGCUGCUGUUGGAGGCAGACAUGGCUGAGGAGCUGUAGGGUCUUAAUAGCGCAGUUUUUUAUUUUAUUAUUUAAUUUUUAGGCACUUACCAUCUAAAAAGCCUCCGCUAUGAAGACCAUUCUUGCUGCAUAUUCCGGCGUCCUCAAAGGCACCGGCUCAAGCAUCCUCUCCGCCCUGCAGGACCUGCCAUUAGCAAUCUGGCCCUGCAAGUCCAAGAUGGAAAAACAUCUGCAGGUCAUUUCUGUGCUGCAGUGGAUCAUCACCUUCUUAGCCAUGGGUGUUGUCUGCACUGUGCUCCUAAUCUACUUGUUCUGGACUGAUUGCUGGCUGAUUGCUGCCAUUUACACUGCCUGGCUCAUUGUUGACUGGAACACCCCAAAACGAGGAGGCAGAAGAUCCUCAUGGGUCAGAAACUGGACAGUGUGGGCAUAUUUUCGAGACUACUUUCCAAUCAGACUCAUUAAGACACACGACCUGCUGCCCAGCCGGAACUACAUCUUUGGCUACCACCCUCACGGCAUCUUCUGCUUUGGUGCUUUCUGCAACUUUGGGACGGAGGCGACGGGCUUCUCUAAGAAAUUCCCUGGCAUCAAGCCCUCCCUGGCCACCCUGGCAGGAAACUUCAGGUUGCCCGUCCUUCGAGACUACCUAAUGUUCGGAGGUAUCUGCCCAGUUAAUAGGAACUCCAUCGACUACCUGCUGUCAUGUAACGGAACGGGAAAUGCGGUGGUCAUUGUUGUCGGAGGGGCAGCAGAGUCUCUGCAUUGUGAACCCGGCAAGAAUUCUGUCACCCUGAGGAACCGGAAAGGCUUUGUGAAGCUGGCCCUGCAGAAAGGGUCUGAUCUGGUUCCUGUCUACUCUUUUGGAGAGAACGAUGCCUACAAGCAGGUGAUCUUUGAAGAGGGGACCCUCUGGAGAGCUCUACAAAGGAGGUUACAGAAGAUCUUGGGGUUCGCUCCCUGCCUUUUCCAUGGAUGCGGCUUUUUCUUUAAGAACUCUUGGGGCAUUGUGCCUUUUUGCAAGCCUAUCACAACCAUAGUUGGGGAGCCAAUCACAGUGCCAAAAAUUGAGGACCCAACUGAGGAGACAGUGAAUCUCUACCAUGCGAUGUACAUUAAGUCCCUUCAGUGCCUUUUUGACAAGUACAAGACCCGCUUUGGUCUGAAAGAAAGUGACAUCCUGCACAUCCAGUGAGGGGACCUGGAGCUCCUGCUGAAGCUCUGAACUGUGUCAUCCUGCCUUGGUGGCAGGUUCGUCUCUGGUCUGCAAACCGUACGCAUGUGCACAUUUUGACAAAGAAACCUCUGCUUGCUGCUGUGUCUCUAACAUUCAUUCACACAAGCAUAGCUCCUUCUUAAGAGAGGCCUCUCGCUGCUGCUCCUGUUUGGACAAAGUUACACAAAAUCUCACGUUUCUCAUCUUUCAGUUUUUCAGUUAGUUGGGGCUGUCUCGUCAGUGCAGAAGAGGGUAAACUCCACUAGAUGGAGCUGUAAGGUAACUUGGGACGUAGAAAACACUGGCAAAUAUUCAUUAACCUGUUCAUAAAUAUAUCCUUAAGUGCUUUAUGACCCUCCUACAAGCUGAAUGCACAAACAAUGCAAAAGGAAGGUACCACUUUAUUAUAAGCCUUUAAGGUUCACUGAGCCAAAGACGUAUGCUGUCACCACACAUUCAUUGAUUUCUACUGUAUCUACACUCAAGAGUGUAAGUAUUCUGCAGGGUGGAUUCAUAUUUUGAAUGGACAGUUCACUCUUACCUGUGAUUGUAAUAAUGCCAUAAAGUAUUAAUUUUAUUUUGUAGAGAGGAAGAAAAGUGCAAUUCAGUGCUUGUCCCUCUGAAUAUUUCAUGCACUUUUUGUUUUGCUGAUUACCCUCUGAAGAUUUAGUCUAAAAUAACUGCCUUAUAAGAGAUUCUUUUAGCAGUACAGUAGUUGUGUUGCUUGGGUUUAUUCCACAUCUUUAUAUCAUUCUGGUAUUAGGCCUUAGUCUGGAAGGAACUUUGGUUAUCUUUUGUCUCUUCAAUCCUUUUUAGAAAUGUUUGAGCCACGUUUGAAUGAGAUGAAGUUGUUUGAUGGGUUAAAAGCCUGAUAUUUGAUGAUUCCAGUGACAAUAACUUGGGUGCGAUCAUAGAGAAUGAAGGGGUUACACCAUGUAAUUCCUUACUGGUAUUAAGUUAUUCAAUAUUUGAAGGUGUCUCUGGUUGUUUCUUUAUACAAUGAUAUGUGGAUAAUCUAUCCUGGGAAUCAUCAAAAUAACCACGCUUGUGUCAUGUUGAUAGACAGGAAAAUUGGCAGUAAAUUAUAGGAUUGUCAUUUUGAAGAGCAAUUUUCUUUAGUCUGAUCACUGUGACUAUUUCUACAGAGCAGUGUAAUCUUUGUGCAAUAAAUCUGACAGCAAUUAAACAGCAACAUGUCUAUAUGAUGAAGGAUAUAAUCUGUCUGCCAAUAUUUAAAUUAAACUUUUAUAUGUUUUCA